AUGAGGACCGUUCCUUCCUUUCGUCGAGCCCUGCGCGUCAGGAGCUUUUCACCUCUCCAUGAGUCUUCUCUCUGUCCUCUAUUUCUCUCUCUCUCUUCCUCCACAAUCUCUCCCUCGUGUUUCUCUCCACGGUCGUCUUCUUCGCCUCUCCAUGAGUCUUCUCUCUCUCCUCUGUUUCUCUCUCUCUUUUCCUCCCCAAUCUCUCCCUCGUGUUUCUCUCCGCGGUCGUCUUCUUCGCCUCUCUCUGAGGCUUGUUCUGAUGGACCCUUCACUCUGGAAGCUUCGGCUGUCCGUACACCGUGUGGAGGGACGGUGAGCUUCAGUACGGUGGCGCCUUCGGCGACGCAGGUUGACCGAUCUCCAAUAGACGGGAGAACGCGCACUGCUUCUUCCUCUGCCUGCGCAACUCCUUCUGCUGUUCCACACUUUGCCCAGCCCCGCCAACCUGUAGAUUCUCGUCCUCCCUUUUCUUCCGUUCUCUCGGCCUCGCCCUACCUGUCUUCGCCGUUUCGCGCAGCUUUCGGCCCUUUUCGACUCGCCUCUCCGUCUUCGAUCCCCGCUGCGUCGUCUUUUGCAGGCUUCCCGUCUUCUCUGUCUGAGUGGCCCGUUUCUGGGCACGAAUCCGCCUCCGCUGCAAAACGCAGGCCUGGCUGCUUCCCUCAAGCAGUGUCUUCCCCAGCCGGUAUCGCCGCCCCGUCGCCCCUCGGCUGUACAUACACCGCAGACCCGACGGCGAGCCGGCGAGCGCUGCUUGAGAGCGCAGCUGCGUCUGUGGCCUUCCAGAAGAGAUGCAUGAAAUUCGUGCAUCCUCGUCACUGGAUUCUGCAGUGGAAAAUUCGACCUGGAGACAGGGUGGUUGUUAUCUCGGGAAAGUACAAAACGAUUCGAGGGACUGUUUUGCAAAUCGACAAAAUGAGGAACGGCGUCUCUGUUUCAGGAGUGAAAGAACAAAAGAGAGUGAAGCAAGAGGACGGCACAUUCAUCAAAAUUCCCGGAUUGAUUCACGUCUCGAACGUCAUGCUCAUUGACCAGGCGAUCGAUUUGCCCACGCGCGUCGCUCUUCGCGUAGACGACCAAGGGAACGUUGUGCGCAUCUCGAAGAAGAGCGGCUUGGUGAUUCCGUGGCCCGAUGGAGAGAUGAUCAAGUUCGGAGAUAACCGGAAAUCUCGCGAAUUCUUGAAGAGCAAAGAGGAACGGGAUGCAGAGCUGAAGAAGGAACAGAAUGACACAGGAGAGCCCGCAGGUCCCAAAGAUACCCCUGCAGAUGUCGCCGUCGAAAGGACUUACGACUACCAAAGGGACGUGGCGACGAUGCAGGCACUCAGGCAGAUGAUGACAAAGUACAACCGCGACUUUCGGUAG